AUGACAAUUUCUUAUAGAAAACCAUUCACCAUUUCAAUAUUACAAUUUCUAACUAUUCUCACUUUUUUAAUGAUAAUUCCUUCAUCUUACUCAAAUGAUACUCUAACAUUUGAUCCGACAAUCCCAUCCUGUGUAGCAUGCCAACAAGACUUUUCUUCCGUAAACUCGUGUUGCAAUGCAAAUGCUAGCGUAGACUUCAGUACCAUCAUUUCCGAUCCUUCUCUAUUUGUUAAUGAACUUCGGUGUGCAUGUUUUGAUUCAUUCCAAAAGACUUAUGCUCUUUGCUUAUAUUGUUUUCAAUUAACAAAUCAAACGCAAAAGUUUUUGAAUUCGAACGAUGUACCGCCAUCUGUGGAUUCUAUUAGGUCUGCAUGUGCAUUUUUUAGUUCAGUUACACAUAAUGCUAGCGGGUAUAAUGCUACAGCUACUGCAUCAACUUACAGGUCAUAUGGCGGGAUAACUGAAUGGUUUUUGGUGAUGUUUUUAAUAGGAAUUUGUUGGAAUUUGCUUGAAAUUUGA